AUGAGGCCUUCAAAACUACUCGAAGGCCUCGCCCUUGCGGCUUCGGUCGUUCCCACCACGAUCGCCGCUCCAUCCUCCGGCAAAUCUUUGCGUAUCGACAGCGGUGGUUCUCGCACGUUUGUUCCUCCUGCAGCUGUUGCUGGAACCUCUCACAUUAGGCAUGAGAAUCCCACCAACGAGGCGACGCAGCCUGCGGCUGGCGCCAAACGCCAUGAGAUCAAUCGUCGCGCCGACAACAAUCAGAACAUGAGACUUAUACAGUCUUGCCUUGAUGGGUCGGCCGAUUUUUCUGUGACUACUUUGGAGCAGUUGGUCGCCGGUGUGGAAGGGCAACUUCGCAGGCCUGUAUUGGAGCGAAUCUUACAUCUCAUCCGGCUUAAAAAGGACGAAGCCAAUGCUGUAAAGGAAUGCGCGGACAGAAUAAUUUCUGCCUCGGGAAAUCAAAAUCAACAGCCGGGAUCGUCAUCUAGAUCGCAGCCAACCCAUCCCGGCCACCAGAUCGACCGCCGCUCCAGCGACGGACCUGGCCCAAUAAAAUAUACAUCGGUGGAUCAGCUUCCGGACCGGUUCAAGAAAAUGCCGAAACCUUGCGAUUGCGACGAUUGCAAAAACAGUAAGGCUGAUGGAAAGCUCCCACAUGAUCUUUACCAUUCGUUAGAAGCGAUGUCCCCGAAAGAAAGGAAGCAGGUUUUGGAUCAGAAGCGGGCAGAAGAAAAGGCGGCUUUAGAUUUCUUAACAGAGCACCUAAGUAAGAAACCCACUCAAACGCAGAGUAAAUGGCCGAAAUUCCCAAAGUGGGGACGGUCCAGCGGCAAUCGUCGACGUCGAUCCCUGGACGGUGGAGAUGCUCUCCUCGAGGCGAGCCGAAUAUCAAAACGCGUUGAUUCGCGAGCCUGGGUGAAGCAGUGUUUCCCGUUGCUCGGGAAAUCAAAGGCCGACAGCCGCUCAAAGACUAGGAACCAUGGGAGUGCCGAACACAAAGAAUGGGAACCGGUCCCAGAAGGUACCUUGGAAAAAAAGCUGGAAGAAUGCAAGGAGACACUCGGGGAAUACGAACAAUUUGUGAAUGGAGCGCAUGCCAAGCUACAGCAACAGACGCAGCAUCCCGAGAAAUCUUCAAAUCAUGAAGCUCGCCCCUCCCGGAGGCUGUACAAGUCCAGCAGCAGCCCUUACCCCCGGAGAGGCCCAGGAAACCCUUCACUUCCCAAUUGGGAAUCAGACACAGAGGUUGACAGCCGGUAUAAUGGUUAUUAA